UCAUGUAAUGAAUUCAGUUUAGCGUAGGCGCACAUCUCGCAACUACGUAUCUGCUGCGCUACAGCGCCCUCUACGGUUCUGGCCGCGGCACUUGUUUAGCGCGCCUUGCCGCGACCGGCAAGACCGCCUGCUGUGCAUCACAUUAAUUUAUGCGUACGCCAUCACAAUAAUUAAUUCAGUUUUGAUCGGGUCCGAGUCCGCAACGUGGCACAUCUCCUUGCCAUUCUCAGUUUUGAGUCUUCUCUGCUUUGGCUCAUGCCCGACUUGCAUCCUGCUGCCUUUGUCUUUUGCUGACCGAACUGUCAUUGCCUAGUCAUGUCGGGCACCAGGAAGAGAACCCGUCGCGCAGCACCUAGCCCUGUUCCCGACCCACCUGUUUCUUCGGCUGCGGACCCCGAGCUGCCGAGUAACGCUGCCUCACCACUCGACGGCGGACAAUUCAAGCAAUUUAUAUCUGACGAAGUCCAGAAAGCCGUCACCGCCGCCCUGGCAGAAACGGUCUCCCCACUGCUUGCCACCAUCGGAUCCUCGCAGCCUUCCCCCGCCAUGGCCGUACCCACCGGAAAUGCUGCGCCAACUGGUCCGGGUGCUGGCUCUCUAUCUCAUCCACUGAACGUGCCGUCUCACGUGAGAGAGAGGAUUUUGCGAGGCGUUUCGCGAGGCGGUUCCGGGAGCUCGGGCGACAGCCGACCUGUUCCAGUCAUUCUAACUGCCGCGGACGAAUUAGCAGCACGAUAUGCUGCUCACGCUCUAUCCGACAACACCAGACGAACGUAUUCCGCCGGCGAAUCUAAGUAUCUCAAGUUCUGCCAACUUCAAAGAUGGUCCCCGUUUCCCGCUUCAGACCUAAUGCUGAGUAGUUUUGCUGCCUCCCUAACCCAGUCGGUCAGACCAGUGACUAUUAAGGUUUACCUCAGUGCUAUCAAGAACCUGCACCUGGAGCUCGGUUAUGUCGACCCGACCGAGGGUGCGCACUUCCUCAAGCGAGUGGUACGCGGUAUUUGCCGUUGCCAUGGAGUAGCCGCUGUCCGCCCCAGGCUGCCAAUCACGUUUCCUAUUCUCUGCAGUCUGGUUGACACCUGCCUAGCUGCUCCAACCAUGUGCCCUCACGACAAGCGCUGCCUGCAUGCCGCUAUGCUUGCCGUGUUCUUUGGUUUCUUCAGAUGCGGUGAACUGCUAGAAGCACCUACCACGCGCGGCUGUUUGACAUUCGAGUCAGGGAUGCUCCAUGUGCACCUACCACGCUCGAAGACAGACCCGUCCGGGGAAGGUACGACGGUGCUGAUCGGGCCAGCGGUGCCGCCAUACUGCGCUGUGAGAGCCAUGCUCACCUACCUCACUGCAACCGCCUCUGCUCGUCCAGGCAGUGCUGUGUUCAUCCUGGCCAACGGGCAACGCCUCAACCGCAGCACUUUUACAGCCCACGUACGCACGCUGCUUAGCACCAGCGGCGUGGCAAACUGGCAGGACUAUGCAGGCCACAGCUUCCGUAUCGGGGCCGCUACCACUGCUGCCCUUGCUGGCGUCCCCGACCACCAGAUCCGCUCCGCGGGACGGUGGCGCAGUGAUGCAUGCCUACGCUACAUCCGGACCCCACCGUCAUCGGCCCGAACGCUGGCCAGCAAACUAUCCUCAGUAAGAUCAUCUCCCUGACACCGAUAUUUCUCAAUUCACACAAUUCCCUCAUUAUGAACUAUGCUAUGCUGCACUGCAAUACUGUUGUGUAUGGGUAUGUACUGGCGGUAUGGCGAGUCACUCAUAACUGGUCUGCCUUUCUAUUGCGGCAUUAUGGCCUUAUGGUCCUGCCUUUCCAUUGCGGCAAUCACAGCCUCCGGGCUUCUGCCUUCCUGCGGCAAUCACAGCCUCCGGGCUUCUGCCUUUCUGCGGCACUCGCAGCCUCACGGGCUCGUGCCUACCUUGCGGCAAAGACCAACCAGUUCCUCGUCACCAGUACUUACCCAACACAACCUAGCCUUAUUCGUGUGGUGUAUGCCUGUCUGCAUGCCGCCGGUGUGCGCGGAAUGCUAAUGAUGUAUGCCUGCCUGCAUGCCGUCUGCGUGCGCGGAAUGCUAAUGAUGUAUUCAUGUAAUGAAUUCAGUUUAGCGUAGGCGCACAUCUCGCAACUACGUAUCUGCUGCGCUACAGCGCCCUCUACGGUUCUGGCCGCGGCACUUGUUUAGCGCGCCUUGCCGCGACCGGCAAGACCGCCUGCUGUGCAUCACAUUAAUUUAUGCGUACGCCAUCACAAUAAUUAAUUCAGUUUUGAUCGGGUCCGAGUCCGCAACGUGGCACAUCUCCUUGCCAUUCUCAGUUUUGAGUCUUCUCUGCUUUGGCUCAUGCCCGACUUGCAUCCUGCUGCCUUUGUCUUUUGCUGACCCACCAUCCCACCACUAACCAUUAAUACUACAUUGCAUCAUUCCUACUUCAAGUACAAUAAACCUGGUGGCGAGUCA